CUGUGUACCUACUCACCGCUGCUUCUAAUUCACUACCCGUCUUACACGCAACGUCAUAAUGAAGUCGACAGUAGUUAUAGCGACGAUUUGCUCCAUUUUCAUUACUUACAGCGAUGCAGAACUCAAACUAACGAAUCAGGAUUUUCUAGGAUUCAGUCCAUUAGUGGAUAAUGCCAUAGACGUGUGUGGUUUUUCGAUAGAAAUCUCAAAUUAUUCUGUGAAAGGAGUGAGUUUGGAUUCAAAGAAGAUUGGAGGUUGUGCCUACACGGACUACAUAAAAAAUGGUAUGGAGGUGAAAAAAUCAUUCAAUGUGUGGCUAAGCGAUUUGCAGAGUGGCAAGCAACAAUGCGGUGAAGAGGGAAUUGAAAUCAGUGUCCAAGGGCAGAUGUAUUCAGGACAUCAGGUAUGAUUGAUGAACGAUGAUAGAUGAUAAUAUUUUUAUAAAGGGUGAUAAGAAAUUUGAUUUUCACUGACAAAUGUGAACGCUUCUGAUUGGUCGCUUAAGUUUGCCGCCGAGACGGACGUUCGUUAAAAAAGUUGCUUACAUCGUUGUGAUAAGAGAAAUGUCUGACUAAACUGAUUAAAGACGAAACAAAUAACAAUUACCAAUCGACGAUCUGUGAUCGAAAUUAUUUGAAACUUUUAAAUAAAAAGUGCACGAAUACCCGUUUUCAUAUUUAAAUGCAGUUCCGAAGUUACACGAAAACGUACGGCCUACUGUCUUGAACUUUUGAAGUCUACAUCGUGAGUGUAUACUUUUUUUACAUAGUACUUAGUUACAUGACACGCGGAAAGAAUGUCCGACAAACAGAAACCAAAUUGUAAAGAGACCGCUGCCAAAAUAACCGACCAAGAACGUAAUUUGGCUCAGCAAGCAUUAGCUGAAUAUGAACAGAAAAAUUACAAAUCUUGCCUGGAACAUCUGCAGCGAAUCGAACAUAUGAGGCCCAACGACCCCAAAGUAAAACUUAAUAAGGCUAUCGUUGAGUUCUACGAUAACGGCCUGUGCACAGCCGACAAGUUUCAUAAGUCGCUUGUAGAUGUCUGUAAUCAGGUGGAAUUAAAUCUAGAACCGUUGGAUUCUUUAAAAGAUGUUGAAAACUGUAUUUACUAUUAUAACUAUGCCGUGUUUUUGUACCACUUGAAACACUUCACUAAAGCAUUGGCUAUGAUAGACAAAGUCUACGCACUUAUAGAAUCUUUGGAGGAAAGUUUGGCGCAUAAAGUGUGCCUACUGAUAGUUCAAUUACAUAUAGAUACUAAUAAACCUGCAGAAGCACUAAAAUUAAUUGCUUACAUUGAAAGUCAAUUUGUAUCAACAGAUUAUGUCACUAAUACAUUGACUAGUAGCGCAGAUCAAGGGGGUUAUAUACACAUAAAAACAAAAAAAAAAGGUAAUUUAGAUGCUGCUACUGAUGCAUUUCGAGUCAGUCUUGUUCAGUAUCGUGUUAGGUCACUAAUGGAGCUAAAUUCAUUUGACGAGUGUUGUCAACAGUUAAAUACAAUCAAAGAACAACAGGACUCGACAACAAUGUUUUUAAGGGGAAAAUUAGAAUACCUUCGUGGCAAUCAUGAAGAAGCACUAGCAAUUUUGAAAGAAAUUCCCGUGGAAAACGAUUUUAUAGAGACUGGAGAGAGUUAUUCAGUUUUAAUGAAUAAUAACUUAUCUUGUUUGUACCAUUAUGCUAAAAAACCUACCUUGUCAUUCACGUCUAUUUACAAAGCAAUUGUUCAACAUCAAAAGAAUGUCAUGGAUGUAACAAAGCCUAAUCAAGCUGAAGGUAGUUUAUCAGGUCAACCACUUCAUAUAAUUGGUGCAAGCAUUAAAACUGAGCUUAUGUUCAACUUGGGCAUAAAUCUCUUACAUGCUCGAAAACCCGAAGAAGCAUUUGACUGUCUAAUUGAAGCUGUACAAACCUAUUACAUGAACCCUAGACUAUGGUUAAGAUUAGUGGAAUGCUGUAUUAUGACACACAAAAAAAGCAACGACAGAGACUUUGAUUCCGAGAAUCCUUUUGUUGAAGAUGUUGUUGGCUCUGGUGAACACAGGAAAAUUAUUUUGAAGUCACAGUUGUUUGCAGACACAAAAUACAGUAGUGAAGCAGUUUCUGCAUCCAUCCCAAUGCCAAGUCUAGUAUUUGGUUCAUUAUGUGUUCGCAAUGCAGUUUUAUUACUUAAAGGCGAUACUAUUGACUGUUCACCUUCACACACACCCAUCAAAAUACCAGACAAAGACUAUCUUUUUGCCUGCAUUCAAUCAGCUGGAGCAUAUAUAGCCUUAUGUCUAGGAGAUCCAGUGGUUGCAUUAAAGUAUUCACAAGAGUUGUUACUUAAGUCUGACAAAAUCAAUAAAGUUCACAAAUUUUUAGGGCAUUUAUAUGCAGCCGAAGCACUGAUAUUGUUAGAUAAACCAAAUGAAGCAAUAGAUAUGCUAAAAGAUUCCAAUGCUCUUGAUGAUAUUGAACCUGAAAUACACGAACAGCUUAGAAUUGAACAAUGGAAGCCAGACAAAAAAAAAUCUGCAAAAGCUGUUCUUUAUUAUAACUUAGCAGUAGCAUUGACACUAAGGGGUGACUUUGAUAAAGCUGGAGAGUUAAUUAAACAAAUAUGGCUGUCAAAAAUCGUAAAUGUUUCAGUACCUGUUCAUGUAGUUAUAUUGGCUCUAUACAUUCACUUACGAUUAGGCCAAAAAGAUAUUGCAAUAACCCUAAUAAAACGAAAUUGUCCUCAAGCAAAACAAUAGGUAAAACUAAAUUUUAAUUUACUACCUAUGCAAUUAUAUUAUAUUAUUUAUAAGAACAACAAUACUAUACUUGCAUU